CUAAUGAAUGAUAAAUCAUGAAACUUCCUCGUCCCCAAGAUCCCAUUCGGGAUCACAUCAGGAAGGAUGACGUACCAGAUGUUGUUGUAUGUGCUCCUGCUGCCUCCCACGAACGUUAUGUCUCCGCCUACCUGUGACUUCUCCACUGCAGUGUGACCGUUAUAAACAGCGGGGGGAGGCAAGCUUGUUGAAGAAGGAGCUCACCCGACACGUCAGGAGACUUUGAGAAAGAAGAAGCCAUGGUUGUCUGCCUGCUAGGGGGGUUCUACCUGUGUCUGCACAUCUGUUUAGUCACCGGUCAGAGCGAAAGCACGCAAUGGACAACGGAGAAAAAUUUGCAUCGCCCUCUGGUUUUGCGUACAGCUGAUGUCCGGCGAGUUCUGACUCAGACAGACAUAUUGGAAAUGUGGAAGAUGGAUUUAAAACCCAUUUUAAUUGAGAGAUUUGCUGGGUCACCAGGGAGCUAUGCAGUACAGCAACAUAUAAAGCAAAGACUGCAAAGACUCCAGGCUGGUUGGCUUAUAGAAGAAGAUUCAUUCCAAAGUCAGACCCCUUUUGGAUAUGUAAUGUUCUCCAAUGUUAUUGCGACCCUGAAUCCUGCUGCCAAGCGUCAUUUAGUUCUUGCUUGCCAUUAUGAUUCAAAAUACUUCAGUCCACAGUGGGAUGGCAGAGUAUUUGUUGGAGCCACUGAUUCGGCUGCUCCGUGUGCAAUGCUGUUAGAGCUAGCUCGAGCACUAGAUUCUCGUCUUCAACAGUUAAAGCAAAGAAAUUCAAGUAGAAAACCAGACCUUUCACUUCGACUGAUAUUUUUUGAUGGUGAGGAAGCUUUUCGUCAAUGGUCUACAUAUGAUUCCCUCUAUGGGUCUCGUCAUUUAGCACAGAAGAUGGAGAACACUCCUCACCCAUCUAAUUCUGAAAACACCAAUCAGCUCCAUGGUAUUGAUUUGUUAGUUUUACUUGAUCUAAUUGGAGCUCCAAACCCUGUUUUUCCAAACUACUUUCAAAAUACUAUUCGCUGGUAUAACAGACUUCAGUCUAUUGAAAGGAGACUGCACAACCUAGGCCUGCUUAAGGAUCAUCCAUCUGAAACAAUGUAUUUUCUAAGCGGUUUGCGGGCAAGACAAGUUAUUGACGACCAUGUUCCAUUUUUAGAAAGGGGUGUUUCAGUCCUGCACCUUAUUCCAUCACCAUUUCCAGCUGUUUGGCACACAUUUGAAGAUAAUGAAGAAAACCUGGAUUCUUCAUCUAUUGACAACAUCAAAAAAAUUGUUCUGGUGUUUGUUCUAGAAUAUCUUAAUAUAUGA